AUGAGCUCCGAUAGAGUCUCCAUCGGAGAUGACUGCAUCACUGCUUUCAGUGAACUUCGGUCCCAAAGGCACUCUAACAAGCCCAGAUACAUCAUCUACAGGAUAACAGAGGAUUACAAUAAUGUUGUUGUGGAAGACAGCUCUUUUGAGAAAGACUACGAAGUUUUCCGUCAAAAGCUUGUCUCUGCUAUCGAUAGCGAAGGCAGACCCGCCCCUCGCUAUGCCGUCUACGAUGUUGAAUAUGACCUUGGAUCCGAAGGCAAACGAACAAAGAUUGUUUUCAUUACCUGGGUACCUGGGGAAACCUCAGUCAAAGACCGGAUGAUAUACGCCAGCACAAAAGAGCAGCUUCGCAAGUUUCUCGAUGUCAAGGCGUCAAUUCAUGCCGACGAUCUCGAUGAGCUUGAGUGGAAGACUGUUUUGAAAGAAGUGAGUGGUGGCAAGGCCUGA